CAGGGCCACGCUGCAACGGUGCGCGCGGUGGCGUUCAGCCCGGACGGCAUCAAGAUGGCCUCUGCUGGCGAGGACCGCACCGUGCGUCUCUGGGGAGUGGCGUCACGGCAGCAGCUGGCGGUGUUUCAUGGCCACAACGCGGCUGUGGUCAGUAUUGCGUUUGACCCAGAUGGCAUGGUGCUGGCUUCCUGCUCCGAAACCGAAAUCCGGCUAUGGGACACCAACAACUACCCACAGGUACGCAUGCUGUGCAGUAAAACAGCGCAGUAG